AUGCCUGGAUUGACCUCAGCCUCCGGUGUUCUUGGGUUUCUCUCAGACGAGGAACCCGAGCUCAAGGUCUUCGCGCUGCAAACCUUGAACGAUGAUAUCGACACCUUAUGGACAGAGGUGGCGGACUCUGUUGGGCAGAUAGAAACCCUUUACGAAGACGAGUCCUUCCCCGAGAGACAACUUGCCGCACUGGUUCUGGCAAAGGUCUACUACCACCUCCAGGAAUACAAUGAGAGUAUGGCAUUUGCGCUGGAAGCUGGGGAUCUGUUCAAGCUUGAUAAGGAAGGCGAAUUCGAGGAGACCAUCAUCUCCAAGUGUAUCGACACUUACAUUAAUGUAUCAGCCGCCCGCAACGCAACUCCACAAGAGAAGUCCCGCGAUGUCUCUCUCCCAACUCUGGCAACUACCUUUGGCAACUUUUCGAACGAUCCUGAUAGCACCAGUGCUGGCCUCACUUCGCCAACAACCCCCUUUUCUCAAUCAGCCCUUCCUUCCAAAUCUCUAUUGUCUAGGCAGAACACAUUGGAGGCCCCAGCUCAGGAGAUAUUGUCGGGUUCCGCAUCGGUUCCGGAUAGGUUAAAGCACAAGGCGUUGGAGAAGGUCAUUGAGCGAUUAUUUGAGGCAUGCCUGCGUGAAGGCAGAUAUAGACAGGUAGUUGGAAUUGCCGUCGAGGCACGAAACCUCGAGGUCCUGCGAAGGGUUAUCAAACGGGCCAGCGACGACGAGAAGAAUUCCAGUGGCAAACAGGUGGAUAGCGGGAUAGGAUCAACAGACGAGUUGAUGGAAUAUGUCUUGGACAUUUGCAUGAGCAUAGUCCAGGAGAGAGGGCUUAGAACAGAGAUCUUGAAGCUCAUUCUAGAUCUCCUUUCCGACAUCCCCGCUCCAGACUACUUCUCCAUCGCGAAGUGUGCUGUUUAUCUGAACCAGGAUGAAGAAGCGUCGGCGAUGCUGAAGAAGUUGGUGUCGGAUGAAAACCAGAAUUCGACCGCAAUUGCAUACCAGAUAGCCUUCGAUUUAUACGACAAUGGAACCCAAGAGUUUUUGGCCAAGGUCAUCAAGUCUUUACCUGCCAAGGUCGAAGUGACUCCGGAGGACCCAGAGAAUCCAACUGAGAGUGAUCAACUCUUGGGAGAAUUGAACGAUCGGGCCGGCGCUCCUGCUCCUUCGUCUGAAGAUGUAUCCGAAAAAGGCUUUGAAGUUUUCGGCAAGAUUCGCAAGAUCCUUGACGGUAGCGAGACCAUCAGACUCAAUCUCGAAUUCCUCUACCGAAACAACCAUACCGACCUUAGUAUCUUGAACAAGGUCAAAGAUAGUUUGGAGGGCAGAAACUCAAUUUUCCACACCGCAGUUACCUUCUGCAAUGCUUUCAUGAAUCAGGGCACAACCAAUGACAAGUUCUUCAGAGACAACCUCGAGUGGCUCGGAAAAGCUGUCAACUGGUCCAAAUUUUCUGCGACCGCCGCUCUUGGUGUUAUCCACCGUGGAAACUUGACGCAAUCAAGAAAGUUGCUUGAGCCUUAUCUCCCACGAAGAGGAUCAAUCGGCGGCUCGAUAUUUAGUCAGGGUGGUGCUUUGUAUGCAUAUGGCUUAAUUUAUGCCAAUCACGGUGCUGAUGCCUUGGAUUACUUGAAGGAGCAAUUCAACGAGGCUCAGGAGGAAGUCAUCCAGCAUGGUGGUGCCCUCGGAUUGGGUAUUGCCGGAAUGGCGACUGGAAACCAGGAGAUCUACGACAGUCUCAGAACUGUCCUUUACACUGAUUCAGCCCUCAACGGUGAGGCUGUUGGUCUCGCUAUGGGUCUGAUCAACCUUGGUACAGGCAACAUCGCUGCUCUCGAGGACAUGAUUACUUAUGCUCACGAAACACAACACGAGAAGUCUGUUCGAGGUCUCGCCGUGGGAAUGGCUCUCAUCAUGUACGCCCGCCAAGAGGGCGCAGAUGAGCUGAUUGAAGGCCUGCUCAAUGAUCCUGAUCCAACCCUAAGAUAUGGAGGUAUCAUGACUGUAGCGCUCGCCUACUGUGGUACUGGCAGCAACAAGGCCGUCCGAAAACUUCUUCAUGUUGCCGUCAGCGAUGUCAAUGAUGAUGUUCGCCGUAUUGCUGUGAUGAGUUUGGGAUUCAUCUUGUUCCGCAAGCCAGGAAGCGUUCCACGCAUGGUCGAACUUCUCUCUGAGUCCUACAACCCACACGUUCGUUACGGAGCUGCCAUGGCUCUCGGUAUCUCUUGUGCCGGCACUGGUCUAGACGAAGCCAUUGAUCUCCUUGAGCCUAUGAUCAAGGAUCCCACCGACUUUGUUCGACAGGGAGCUUUGAUCUCCCUUGCCAUGAUCAUGGUUCAACAGAAUGAGGCGAUGAAUCCAAAGGUUGAAUCCAUUCGCAAGACUUUGAAGAAGAUCGUGGGAGAUCGUCAUGAAGAUGCCAUGACCAAAUUCGGUUCCGCCCUCGCAUUGGGCAUUAUCGACGCUGGUGGGCGUAACUGCACAAUUGGCCUGCAGACCCAGACAGGUAAUCUCAACAUGGCUGGCAUUGUCGGAAUGGCCGUUUUCAUACAAUACUGGUAUUGGUUCCCAUUCACUCACUUCUUGUCAUUGAGUUUCAUACCUACCUCGAUGAUCGGCUUGAACCAUGAUCUUGAAAUCCCAAGCUUCAAGAUUCACAGUGCUACGCGACCAAGUUUGUUCGAUUAUCCUCCCGAGCAGGAAGUCAAGACCGAUGAGGCGCCCACCUUGAUUGCUACUGCAGUACUCUCGACAACUGCCCAAGCCAAGCGACGUGCUCAGAAGAAGGAGCGUGCACAACGCCGUGAGAGUAUGGAUAUUGACCAGACUCCGACCACACCGAAGGUUAAUGCACCUAGUGAGAAGAUGGAUGUCGAUGAGGAAGCGAAGGAUAAGGAAGAUAAAUCAGAGGAGAAGAAAGAAGGUACCGAUGCCGAGAAAGAGAUAUCCGCGACAGAGAGUGCCAAGAAGAAGCUGGAAAAGGAGAAGGUCGGCUAUGAGAUUGAGAACAUGUCUAGGGUUCUCCCAGCUCAAUUGAAAUAUGUCAGCUUCCCAACUGGGCGAUACAAGCCUGUCAAGAAGCCUACCGGAGGUGUCAUUCUGAUGAUCGAUACACAACCUGAGGAAGAAAAGGUAUUGAUCGAGGAGAAGUUAAAGAAAGUGGUCACUGAGAAGGCCGCCAAACCACCUACCCUGGAGGACAUGCGCAACGAGACCUUUGGUCUUGCUCGUCAAGCUGACGCUGCAGGUGAGGCUUCAGGUGCUGCUGCCGCUGCGGCUGUCUUGACAGCCGUGGAUGAGGAUGAAGAAGGUGGUGCGGAGGCGGAAUGCCCAAGAGACUUUGAGUAUUUCACUGAUGUCGAAGAGGACGAUGCGAUGGACGAGGAUUAG